CUCUCUCUCUCUCUCUCUCUCUCUCUCCUUGAUCGUCCCCUGACAUCACUGAAGCAGAGAGAGAGAGAGAGAGAGAGAGAGAGAGAGCUGCAGUCAGACAGGAGCUGAAUGGAAACUACCCGGAGCUUCACAGCUGAACUCUUCAGCUGAUGUUUUCUUGUUUGGGACGUUUAGUUUUGCUGGAUCUUCCUCUCUGGGUGUGAACAUGACGGAGCUUCCUCACAGCAGCCUGAGCAGCCCGAGUGCUGAGCCGAGGAGCCUGCAGCUGUGCGAGCGGGAAGGCACAGAGUCGGCAGACAGCGGCCUCGGAGACGUGGACGACCUGCCGGUUCCUCAGCAGAUCCGGAUCAGCAACAUCACCUGUGACUCGUUCAAGAUCAGCUGGGACAUGGACAGCAGAGGCACGGAGAGGAUCACGCACUACUUCAUCGACCUCGACAAGAAGGAGCACAAGAACUCCAACAAGUUCAAACACAAGGACGUGCCCACUAAGCUGGUGGCGAAGGCGGUUCCCCUGCCGAUGACGGUGAGAGGUCAUUGGUUCCUGAGUCCUCGCACAGAGUACACCGUGGCCGUCCAGACGGCCGCCAAACAGCCGGACGGAGAGUACGCCGUCUCUCAGUGGAGCGAGAGAGUCGAGUUUUGCACCGCAGAUUACUCCACCGUCCAUCUGAACCAGCUGCUGCAGAAAGCCGAGGCGAUCGCCGGCAGGAUGCUGCCGUUCACCGUCUUCUACAGGAACCAGCAGCAGGACUACUUCCAACAGGCCAGCCCCUCUUAUCGCUCCAGAGACGCUCAGUGCCGCCGGAUGCUGCCGUCAGUUAAAGACAACAGCGGCAGCCACGGCUCCCCCAUCAGCGGCAAACUGGAGGGGCUCUUCUUCAGCUGCAACACAGAGUUCAACACAGGAAACCCCCCCCAGGACUCCCCAUAUGGACCCUACCGCUUCCAGAUCCGAGCAGACAUCCUCUUCAACCAGAACACCAACAUCUACUUUGGGGAUUUCUACUGCAUGUACACGUCCUACCACUACGUCAUCCUGGUCCUGGCUCCUGACGGCUCCAAAGGAGACGCCUUCUGCAAAGGGAGGCUGCCGGCGCUGGACAGAUCCAACAACCGCUUCCUGAGCUGCACCGAGGAGGACGACGGCUCGCUGUCUUUCCGUCACGCGCAGGACGUCAUCCUGGAGGUGAUCUACACGGAGCCGGUGGAUCUGUCUUCAGGGACGGUAACGCAGAUCAGUGGGCACCAGCUCAUGAGUCAGUCCACCGUCAACGCCAAGAAAGACCCCAGCUGCAAGAUCUGCAAUAUCAGCGUGGGGCGUUAGCCGGAUCUUUGGACUCAAACAACUAACUUACUAUAACUGCCACAGUGACGAGACGGUAGCUACACGCCACUAACGAAGUCCAACACCCACUCUAGCUCAGUGCUAGCACUGCCUGGCUAGCUAGCAGGCAGUCCCUUUAACCAAACACUAACUCCACUUCCUCUGGUGUAACAGCCCGUCACUUUCGGUCAUCCAGAACUUUACGGUUCUUUUCCAGAGAUGAGAAAACUUGAUUUUAACACAAAUAUUUUAAAAAUCAGCACUUCAAAACAAGUCUACAUACAGAGCAGACCGUGGCAACGCUUUGCCUUCUGCAAGUGUUCCUAGAAGGACUGAUGCUGUUUGCAGGUCACACCAACUCCUGAUCUGAGGUUUUUCUCUUGUUCACUCACUUUGCAUUUUGGUAACUGAUUAAUAUAAUCUAUUAACAUGUUUAUUUCUGAAAGCAUUUUAACUUUACAGCAGUUUUCCUCACCUGCCUAAAACUUUGCACGGUAUCGUAUUUAUAUAUUUUGAUCCCAUCCAUAAUCUGAACUGUGUUCUUCUUUUAUUUCAGUAAUCAGUGGACAGAUAACUGACAUAUUAAUUACCUGACAACAAUGUAACUGUUUAUAUGUUUCUGUACUUGACAGGUAAUGUCACCACACACUGUUAACACUGUUGACACUUUAAUAAGACAAAGGGCUUUUUGUUGUUGUUGUUGUUGUUGUUGUUGCUGCUGUUGUUGUUGCUGCAGACUGAAAUACAAAGUCUCUAAAUGUUUCACCUUUCAAAGGUUUCAGCUGGUUUUGGUCGCAGGAUAAACUGCAGAUCUGUGAGGGUUUGACUCGUUCUACAUGUACAGUGAAAGCUGUUUGGAAUAAAAAACAAGUAGAACUUCAACACUGUAAACAUCAAAAACCAAAUUACUCACAGCUAAUCAACCAGUGGUCUGUACUAUGGAGCGGGGUAACUGGC